UUUGAAUCGACAGACGUUGCAAAGACUGCACACAACAACAAGCUCACGAAAGACACGAUGGCGACCAGCACGACCACCAUUGCUAGCAGUGCGCGUGGAUCGCCCGCGCCAUCGCUGCAGCAGGGCGAACAGGAACAGGGCCAGGACAUGCCAAGAACGCUCAGCAGAGCCGAGACGGACGUCUUGCGGCGCUGCUUAGCCUUCUUGGGCUUCCGCCUCCUGAUCAUUGAGGCAACAAGCAACGCGUUGACCAGCGACGAGGAGAGAGCUUUGGCCAGCAAAGAGAGCGCUGUCUCGCUGGGAGAUGUCAUUCGCGAUGCAUCGGAAUCGGACGAGGCCUUUGCUGCCCGCUACCCUGAGGGCGUCAAUUUCAAGCGGGUGGACCUCCAGCAGCAGUUUAAGCGCAUUCCGUAUCGCGUACAUAAGGUCAUUGGUAUGAUCCCGGAUGAUCUGCAACGGAUGCUCAAGGCAGCCAUCAGCAGCUUUGAUGAAGUGACUGUUGAGGCCGCGUUGGAGGAGGGUAGUGUCACGUGUGCAGCUCCAACGAUUGACAGCAACCUCAAGCAGCAGCGCGCAGACCUGUGGCGGCCGCUUGCGCCAAGCGAAGUGGGAAAGAUUGCCAGAAGCUUGGCGACACCGCGCAGCCAGGCUUCGACCUCAUCGUCUCGGUCUUGGAGCCGCAAGUCAGCAACUAUGGCUGAGAAGAGGACGAUUGUCAUGAACGACCGGAUGUUUGGCGAAGUGGAUGCACGCGUGUUCCGUGCCACGAAGAGGAUCAAGGACGAGUUGACCGCCAGCGUCGCCUCCUGCACCAAAACAUGGCCCAAACUGUAUACGGACUGUGAAGGCAUCAUGCAGAGCGACUUUCAAGUGAAUCUUCAAGUGUACAUUCAAACACGCAAGUGGCCCUUGGCGACCCCACGCUUCAUCGUUCAGGCACCAUUCGCACACAACCCCGAGUUUCGAGUUGACUUGGCCUUCAUAUUCCAGGAUACAUGGACCUUUGUCUUCCCUCUCCUGUGCGAGUUCAAGAGAAGUGGCCUCCCGCUCGACAAAGUGGAGGCCAUGGCGCAGCUGGACGAAUACGCGUCACAUGCCACGAAGGCGCUCCCACGCCGCGCUGUUGGGCUGCCCUUCCCCUUUGGCAUCACUGUCACUGGCAACACCGUCAGUGUCUUCGCAUAUGUCUUGACCCGCGACCACCAGGACCUGGAAAAGAUUUAUCGCAUCCCGCUUCUCAAAGACGCAAAGAUUGAGACUAUGCCGGCCAUCCUCGACGUCCUGCUGAGCAAGGACCGCAUUGCCUAUUUCCAGGCCCUGUCCCGCCACAUGGAAGGCAAGAGCUCCGACAACGCCAGCGACACCAGCGACGCCGGCGACGCCACGCAUCAGCUGGCACUGCUGCACCUGGACGAUGGCGAUGGCGAUGGCGCUGGUGAUGGUGAUGGCGAUGGCGAUGGCGACACCAGCGACGCCGGCGACGCCACGCAUCAGCUGGCACUGCUGUACCUGGACGAUGGCGAUGGCGCUGGUGAUGGCGAUGGCGCGGACGCGUAUGCGUGCCCACCGCUGUACGGCGUUGCGAAGAAGGACUGGCCGUGCGAGGAGAGCGCUCUAGCCGAGCACCGUCUGUUCGUCACCAGAUUCUACGCGCCGCAGCCCAACGUGCGCAUCUUCAACAGCCGCGUGCUCAAGGAAGUGCCAGAACGCGACGCAGACAACAUCCUGCGCGCCUGGAAGAUUGCCCACCCGAGCAUCAACGUCGUGCGCGUCGGCCCCAUGCCCCAGGGCCAGUGCGUGCUCGAUGCCCCUUACCUUGGCAAGACGUGGGUGGACCAGCGGCCAACGCGGAUUGAGCAGAUUGACGAGCCUGUGGAACAGCUGCUGCGCCUGCUGCGCAAAGGGCUGUGCCACGGUGACGUCCGGAACGAAAACAUCGUCAUUGGUCCGGAUGGGCGCACCAGCAUCAUCGACUUCGACAUGACCCAGGACCUGGGCACGGAUCUGCCCUCCGGCCUCAUCACGGACUACCUGGAGCGGCCAGCGCGCGUGUUUGGCCGCAUGCGCAGGCUCAAGCGAGAGGCAGGCGAUGAUUUCGAGUCCCUGAUGUUCUCAUGGGCACGAGCAUGCUCCACCAGCCCAGAUAUCUUCGGCUGCGAGUUUGCUCAGCAGGUUUUCUGUGCGCGGGAGCGUGUUGUUGAGCUGCUGACGAAGGAGCGGGGCCGGCUGUUGGCGGAGGGGGCCGACGACGCGAUUGUGCACCGUGUCGACGCCGCCAUCCACAGGUGCGAGAGGGCCACCCUGUUUGCCUGA